AUGGCCACUCUUCUUCUAGACAAGUCGCGUGCCCUGGGGCGGCUCAUAUCCCUGGAGAAACUCGGCGUGUCGGUCACAUUCCCCAACAACGGCGUCUUCGGGAUCUGGAUCGAUCCAGACACUAAAGACUGGGCUGAGUCCAAGCAAAAUGCUGGCAUCGCCGAGUAUGAGUUCGAGGAGCACCAUUUCAGGUGCUGGGGCGAGCACGCCAAGCACGCCAAGCACGCCUUCAACCUCGGCGACGGGACCAAGUGCGUAUCUGCGUACAUCUGCGACCACCCGUCUAAGCACAACGCGGACAAUGACCCAGUGAAGGAGGACCCAAUGAAGAAGCAAGUCGCCGACUCCAAGUUCACCAUGUCCAAGGAUCAGGUCACCGUCAGGGUGCAGGGCACGACCAAGGACGGGCAGCCUGGGACCCCCAGGUGGCCUUCGGCAACAUUAACGACGCCCUCGAGGAUUUCCAGUGCAAGGAACAGUCCUACAAGAUCGGCAGCGACUUACCCCACGACGGGCACCGUGCUCAUGAGGCACUACACGACAGGCGACGAGAACUCCACCGGACUACAGGCCUACGUCAAGUGGUCCGCCACCUGCGCCGCGGACGUCUUCUACGGAUCUUUCUGCGGCGACAGCAAGCUCAAGAACAUCGCCGACGUUGCCACUGGCAUCACCGGGGGACUGCCGUGGACUGACCUUGCAUGCCUCGCUUGUUAA